AUGGAGGGUUUAUUUCCAAACCUUCCAGAAGAAUUAGGUCUUGAGUGUCUGAUGAGGGUUUCAUACCAGUGGCACAGCAAUCUCAGAGCUGUGAAUAAACAGUGGAGGGAAGCAGUGAACAGCAAUUGGUUCUAUCAAGACAGGAAACGCUAUUGUAUUUGGGAGCAAAUCAUAUGGCUGAUUCAAGACAACAGAAAGGUAUUUCUAUACUACCCACUCAAAAACUAUUGGGAAAUACUGCCUCGAGUUCCAAUCCUGUCUGGAUUCUGUGGGUGCUGUAGUAACUGCAUUUGUGUCAACCAUAAGCUAAUCAUCAUAGAGGGUUCUAUAGCAAGAACAAAAAUGAAAGUUCACUCUGUUUUUCUUUAUGACUUUAGAUCCUCCAAAUGGUCCAGGGGCGCUGAUAUGCCCACAGCGAGAGCUCACUUUGCCUGCUCUGCAUCCCCUGAAGGCCAGAUUUACAUUGCAGGAGGGAUGGACAAUGAUGAGAAAUCUGAAUUUGGGGUAGCGGUUUAUGAUAUUGAACAGAACAAGUGGGAACUGCUUCCUGAUAUGAAUCAAUCAGGAGGUUUUACUGGUGCAUUUCUUGAUGAUAAAUUUUGGGUUAUGAAGGGCAACUUGCAAGAGGUUUUUUAUGUGAAUACAAGAACAUGGGCGUUACAGGAAAGUGCAUCGCAAUAUAUGAAUGAUGGAAAGUUUGUAUCAGCAUUUGGAAAGAUCUAUUCCUUUAUGGGAAGAGAAGUUAGGGAGUAUGACAUUAAACAGAAUGCUGAAAAGACAGUAGAUUUACUUCCUUCAGAAGUUUCCAUUGUCUAG